CAGGAAGCAAGUUUAAAUGGUUUAGUAGGAGCCGAUAGCACGUAGGGAAUUCGUGCACUUGAAUUGACCAGAUAAAACUUACGAAGUUGCUGUCUUCUGUACGAUCGAGUCGAACGGAAGUGAACAAGCUAUACUUGGAUAGGCCAACAUUCUAACUUGGCCUUCAUUCGCUGAUGAGUUUUACAGAAGUCCGUAGCACGAGUUAUGAAGGUUACAUCAAUGCAAGUUUCAGCAAUGGAUCGUUCGAUAUCCUCAUCCAGGGCCUGCAGGACGAUUUUAACCAAUCAGAAGCCUCCUUGAAUUCUACGCAGGAUGGCUACUCCCUCCCUGGUGCUAUAGUAACUGGCGCUCUACUUUCUUCAAUCAUCUGUAUGACAAUAAGUGGAAACGUGCUAGUCCUUCUUGCAGUUUUUGUGAAUUCUCAUCUCAGGAGUACAACCAAUAUCUUCAUAGUGAAUUUAGCCGUAGCAGACUUACUAUUAGGGACGAUAGUCCUGCCAUUUAGUGCCAGUAAAGAGAUCGUAAAUUAUUGGGCGUUUGGGCAGACCUUCUGUGAUAUUUGGGCGGCUGUGGAUGUACUGUGUUGCACGGCCUCAAUCAUGAGCCUUUGUGUAAUAAGCCUAGAUCGAUACAUAGGCGUUACCAGGCCUUUGCAGCACUCAUCUAUCAUGACUGAAAAACGCGCCAUCUUGAUUGUGCUGGCCGUUUGGAUUCUCUCCACCGCUAUAUCAGUGGCGCCACUUGUUGGCUGGAAGGAACCACCUGACCAAAGUCCUGGCGUGUGCACAGUGACAGAACAACUUGGUUACGUAUUAUUCUCAGUUUCGUGGUCAUUUUAUAUUCCUUUGGUGAUAAUACUACUUGUAUAUUUUCGUAUUUAUCGCGAAGCGUUAAAACAGUCCAAAUUUCUCUCAACGGGGAUUAAAACAUCACGAAGCAAAGACGACGCAAGCGCAAUUACGUUGCGGAUACACACAGGUCGGACUAUGGAUAGCGUAGCGAACAAGGAAACACGAUACACCAGUAGUAGUUCGAGUGAACAUUCGGAAAGUUCAGGCAGGAAGUACCAUUCAAGGCUCACGCUGGCGGGCAAAAUGGCGAAAUUCAAACGGGAGAAAAAAGCCGCGCAGACCUUAGGAAUUGUUGUGGGGAUAUUCAUUCUGUGCUGGUUCCCUUUCUUCUUUAUUCUUCCACUAGGUGCUCUCUGUCCACGCUGCUACAUCCCCGACCUACUCUUCAAGGUAUUCUUCUGGCUAGGCUACUGUAACUCCAUGAUGAAUCCAAUAAUCUAUGCAUGUUCUAGCAGAGAAUUCAAGCGGGCCUUCAAACGGAUUCUGAAGUGCCAAUUCAGGCGACGGCCUCGGACCUUCCUUGACCACGAGAUCAGUACGGCGACUGAGAUCAUGCGACUUUCCGUGGGGAAUAGUAUCAAUAAUUCAAGAAAAAGGGGCUUAAGUUCUGAAAAUGUUAUGCACAAUAAUCGUUGGAUGAAGAAAAGUUUGAGUAGUAAUUUCUCUAUGAGUAGACGAUCAUCCAUUGAGGAGAGCCCAAUUCUGCCUCUGCGGAUGAUGCUUGAUAGGUCACGGCGCCGGAAGGACAUAAGUGAGGCAUGUUCUGAUGAGGAGGACACGACGUAUCUGGGGGAUGCGUCGGAUGAAGAACAGCAAGCGGAAAGGGGACAAACUACGAAAAAACUUACCGGGUCCAAAUCAUUAUUGGGUGGCUUAUCGUGUAGUAAAGUGAACAAUAAUAACCAAAAUGGCCGAGUUAGGGAUGGAAUUCAUACUAGUAUGAAUCCUGUCCCUGACAUCAAAAUAUUUGAUGUAUCAGAGAAAUCAACUGCUUGCUCACGUCCGCAACAGGAUUUGUUUGCCACGUCACAGAAUCAGUGCUCAAGUAACGUAGUGACGUCAGAUCUUUCCGGCCAUGGAACGUCGCGGUAUAAAACAGGAUACUCAAAAGGGAUGCCAAGAGCAAGAAGUGGUUACUGGUGAUAACCUCUGUGCAGGGCAAUUGCAUCAGUGAUUAUCUCACCUUAUUCAUGAAUGUGCUAUUUUAGACCAGUGUUGCAUUGUUGAGUUCAUUUGUUGAGUUGUUGAGUUGUUGAGUUGUGUAUGUAUACGGUUCCGUUGGUAUUUGUACGUAGUGUGAAGUACAUGUACAGACAACUGUCU